AUCUGCAAGACAAUGUCAUAAACGUCAAAUCGCCGUUUUAUUAGACAACCGGUGUCGCGACCGGUGUGUGUGUGGAGGUGUCACACCUCCUCAAUAACCCUUAUUAAAUGACAAAAUGAUAUCAUCUAUGUAUAAAAUGGCUGGCUUUAGUUAUUGAUUUAGAAACUGGCCUUCUUAUUGAUUUUGUGGUCCUGUCAAAUUUUUGUAUAAAAUGCAAGAUCGCAGAAGAUGCAAAGCAAAUCAAAGAGUAGGCAGAAAAGUAUGGAACAAAUUGCUCAAAAAACUUCAAUGGAUCUUCAAAUGCAAUAAAGAUGGAAUGUGCAAAGAGACUGUGGAGAAGGUCAAUAGAGAAAGACAAAUUGCGCUGUGUUACCAUGCUCUGUGAUGGGAACAGCAAAUCAUUCAAGGCUGUAUCAGAUUUGCAUGUGUAUGGAAAGGAAAAGCAGAUAACAAAGGAGGAGUGUGUAAACCAUGUCUCUAAAAGGAUGGGCACUGCUUUAAGAAAGCUAAUUGAUACUUUAAAGGCAGAGAGAGGCAGUCCAAUCUCUGGCAAAGGAAAGGUGACAAAGGACAUGGUGCUAAGAAUACAAAAUUGUUAUGGCAAAACUGGCAAGGAACACUCAAAUCAUGUGCCACUUCUGAAGAAACGGAUUUUUGCAAUUCUUUGUAUGCAAACCCAAAGCAUAAUCAUUGUCCCCCUGGUGCUACAUCUUGGUGUUUCUGGCAGAGAGACCUUGCAAAAUGCAACAGCCCUGGAAGUCACAAGGCUCAUGCUACAUUGUCAUCAGAUGUAGUAAAGAAAAUGGUUCCAGUUUUUUAACGCCUUGCUUAUGAAGAUUUACUGAGAAGAUCUUCCUGUGAAUCGAAGCAAAAUAGCAAUGAAUCUUUUCACAGUGUUGUUUGAAGAAUUUGCUCUAAAAUUAUUUAUGUUGGAAGGCAUACGCUGGAAACAGCUGUAUCAAUGGCAGCUUGCAAGUUUUCAAUAGGAGCAACAUUUAAAACAGUUAGGCAUAAAGGCUGGAGUGCAUACAAGAAAAUCAUCAGCCAUUAAAUCAGUGCAAAGGUUGGAAAUAGCAAGAAAAACUUCCAAUGAUAUAGCUAAAACAAGAAGAAGUUGAUUGGAAUAAAAAGGAACCGCAAAAGAGGUUUAGAAGAAAAAGCAAGAGGGAGACAAUGGCAACCCUCUAUUAUUUUUUCAUGUUUUUGCUGCUGCAAUGAUAGUGAUCUAGUUCAGAAAAUGUAGCAAGAAGCUUGAACAAAAACUGAAAUAUCUUAACAGUUCGGAAAUCUUAAAGAAAAUGAACUUUUGACAACUUGUUACUAGUUUUGCUUUGUUUUUUGCAUUCAGAUUUUUUAAAUAGUCAUUUUGUCAGGAUCUGUUUUAUGCGUAACUGUCUGACUAGGUCACUUCUUCAUUUCAUGACAGUUUCACCUAUUUAGUCUUUAUAUCAAUUUACUCACUAUAAGCUGAUUAAUGCAAUGAAGAUGUCUGUUUUCAAAUAUUUUCAAAAAGAACUGUCAAACAUUGUUCUAUAGAAUUGUCACAGUUUUCAAAUUUAAAGGCAUGAAGUCUACUAUGCUGCUGGAUAUUUGAGAUAUGUGGCGUAAGCCAACUCCUAAUUGCAAAGAUGUACUGAAGCACUUCCACUUUGUGCGGCAGUGUAUUUGUGCUUGAUCAGUACCAUAAGGUUGGGCAAAGUCAGGGCAUUGCUUUUUCUCAGCUUUGAUGCAAUGUCACUGUAGAGCUAUAAAAGAUUGAAAAGUUCAGCCAUGUUUUGAUUCAACAGGUUAGGUUCUUUAAGUUUGAUUCAGUUUCACACUCAGGGAAGCUCGUUUUUGUCAUUAUCAUCAUAUUAUAAGAAACAUUAAUAAGAUUAUAAAUCAACAGAGGGAAGUUUACUCUGUAUUAUCAUUAAAAGAUGAGGUAAUUUGCGUGGAGACUGGCCUAACAAAUUAGGAUAUAUUCUUUAUCGUUGUAAAUUAUGUCAGACGGUUUGCAAGUGAUGGCUGAAAGUUGACAAAGUUUUGUUGAAGGAUCAGGUUUUUAUAACCCUAAUGAAAGUACAACAGCUUUUUCACUGUAGCACUUCAACGAUCAGUAAUAUAAUACUGACACUUUUUCAUGUACGCUGCAAGCUGCUUUAUGAUUUUAUUAGGGCUGUUGAAAAACUGUGCCAUCAAGGGAAAAGAACAGAUCCUCUAUGCCUGAAUCAUUUUCAUUAUUUGGCCAUUGUAAAAUGAUAAUUGACUGCACAGAUAUUGAGGUUGCUGCCCCUGGCUCGAUGAGUGGACAGAAACUGAUCUGUUCAACAUAGAGAGAAAUGAACUCAUUAAAGACACUGAUUGGGGUUGCACCAAAUGUUGUCAUUAUGUAAGCACACUGUUUCCUGGCUCAACAACUGAUGAAGCCAUUGUUGAGAAAUCUGGAGUGCUACAUCAUUUUGAAGCAGGAGAUAUUAUACUACCAGAUAAGGGGUUUUUAAUAUCAGAUAUUCUUCUGCCAGGUGUUUCUGUAAACUUCCCCCCUUCUUAUAUAAUGGAAAGUUUCAUUCAAGUGAAAUAAAGCUCACCAAAACAAAUGCAAGAUGCAGAAUUCACUUUGAAUGAGGAAACACAAGGCUUAAAGUGCUACUGACAUGAAAAAUGAAAAAAAAUAAAAAAACAUUUUUAUUGCCUAAUCCUAUCAAGCUAAGAGCGCUGAAUCGAAUGGUAUAGCUUUUUCUUGCAUAUCUUUUCUUUAAUGCACUUAUUUCAAGCUCCAAAGUGCGGAUUUUCGUUAGUUUUUGUUCGAAUAAAAAAACGCAACCAAAGAGGAAUUUCAGGAAUUCAUGACGUAUUCUGGUGUGUUAGUGCAACAACGAGGUCAGAUUAUCGCGUGCAUUUGAAAGGUGGCAGACAUGGAGGAUAGAUAAAAACGACCUAAAGGGGGCAAAUAUUGCUGUGCUGGUGCACCAAACGAUACUAGCUGUAAGAAUAAUAGCCAUACUCCUGGAAUUUCUAUGCAUGCGUUCCCGAAAGAUGAAAAACAGCGUCGAUUAUGGGUGCAAUUUGUAAGAAGACACAGGGCUGGUUUCACUCCGUCGUCUUUGUCCGCUCUGUGUUCUAUUCAUUUCAAACCUAUUUAUUUUGUAAGACGCAUAGACAUCACUUUGGAAAGUACUUCUACUGGCAUUACCAGACAGCGCAGACUUGAAAUUGGUGCUGUUCCUUCAAUUGAUGCGGCAGGAAGCCCCCCCGAAUCACUUCCCUCAAAGCGUCAGCAAAGGCACCUCAAAAGAAAAGUAUGUAUGACACCACUGUUCUCUACUGUAAAUGGGGGUUGUAAUUAUCCACCCCUCAAUUUUGCAAAAAUACAUAUGGUCAACAUAACUUUUUUUAAAAUUGAAGAAAAGUUGUUGAGGGGUAGGGUGUACACAUACUUUCUAUUAUUUACGAAUAAAAGAAUAGCAGACAGUGCAUGAUGAUAGACAGUGACUCAUUAUAUAUUUUCCCAGUGACACAAACAAGGGUUGUUUAUGCUUACAAAAAAUUUCACUAAGGAAGUUCCCUGCUUGAUUGGUUAUAGAAGCCAAACAAUACAAUUUUGUGUAACGUUGUCUCUCAAAGACAGUGUUUUGCAUGACCACCAUGGAAGGCUUUUGCGUGUCUGCAGGAAAAAUUAUAAAAUGCUGUUGCUGUCUAAUAAUUAAAACAUCAUGUGUACGGAAAUAGGGUUUUCGUUGCACCUUUACUGAUUCAACCUUUAGAAAAAACUUAGAGGGGAUUUCACCUGAGACAUAGAUAUUUCGGUCUUUGUUACAAUUAGAGACUCGGCACGGUCCUAAGGGGUGUGUGUGUAACUUUAUAUAGUGAUACACCAAUUUUUCGAUGGCUACAUAACCAUGCUCUAUGAAUUUAUAGACUGCUGCUUUAGAAAUUCAUCCAAUUGAUCAUCGACCAAAAGCUGCACAAAAAACAAAAGAUGAAGCAGCCGACUAAAGAAAGAGCUUCAAGAACUAAAGAACACACAAAACCCCACUUCCUUGAGCCAACUAGAUGAGACUGAGACUGUUGUUGACUCAGAGUCAGAUUUCUCUGAAACUGAAGAAAAGGACCAAUUUGGAGAGCAGCGACGGAGAUGAGACUGAAGAUGACAUGCUGGAUGUCUGGGAGAACAAAGUAAAUCUUGAUGAUGAUGAUGAUGAUGAUGAUGAUGAUGAUGAUGAUGAUGAUGAUGAUGAUGAUGAUGAUGAUGAUGAUGAUGAUGAUGAUGAUGAUGAUGAUGAUGAUGACAACGAUGAUGUUCUUUCUGAUGGAAGUGAACCAGUAUGUAUUGAAAAAGCGGAUCCACGAAAAAACAGACAAAGGAAAACAAACUUAUCUGCCAGCAGAGUGAAAUGAGUUCAAAUUGAAACAUGCGCUUUAGAGUUUAGAUGAAAUGUUUUUGAAUUUGAACAAUAAAAAGUUUUUUGCUGCAUACAUUUGAAAUAGACUAUGGAAAAGAGUGGUGGCACCAUAUGAUGAUAUGGGGGAAGUAAUAAUCCCAAGGGAAUGCAAGAUUUGCCAAUUGAACGUCACAGAUUUCUCAUUUGACCACCCAUCAAAUGGAAAAGUCUUUGAUGCAAUUUCUUCAAAGGCGCCAACAAGUCUUUGCUGUCCUGGGUUGAUCGGGAAGUUUUUUAAAUUGACCCUUGAUCAUGCUAUUGAUUUUCCCAGAAUGAAUAAUUUCUAUUAGCCUAAGAGUCUCAGUGAAUAAUUUGAAUGAUUUCGUAUAAACAACAUAAAAUGUUAAACAUAAAUGCAAGUACAUGAGGUGAGGUCAUAGGUGUGGCAUCUAAAAGUUGACUUCAGCAUAACCUCCCUUCGUAACUUUUCAAAACCAGCUGUUCUUACUUCCAGAAGCUUGAGAAUUUGCUUCAGAAACGUUGUUUUAGAAAUUCAUGUGAUUCACUCUUACUAUCAGGUGAACACAUUGGUUGUUACGUUACGUUCUUCUAUUAAAAAUUUUUUCUUCUUUCAGUGCUGUUCAAAAGCUGUCAGCAGAAGAUGAAAAUAAAUUUAUAGUGUUCCAGUCAAUGCUAAUUUCCCUUUUCACAAUGUUCUGCUUCAAAUGCCACCAUAAGGAACCAUCUGUGAAAAUGUUUAAAAAAGGAACCAUGGUGCAAGUUCUGCAGACUUGUGACAAGUGCAAUAAUUCUUUCAAGUUGAGCAGCCAUUGUUACUGGGUAAACAUCCUGCUGGGAACAUAUUGCACAGCUUUGCAACUCUUGCUGCUGGAGCAUCAAUAACCCAGAUGCUACUUGUAAUGAAACAUAUGGGAUUAUCCUGUUACAAAGCACGAACAUAUUUACGGCACCAGAAGAAAUCUUUUUCCUGCAAUUCUCUACCACUGGAUAAAAUAUCAAGAAAACAUGUUUUCUAGCUUGCGGCACAUGAAGAACUUGACCUGGUGUGGGGAUGGUCGCUUUGACCCUAUGGGCCAUAGUACAAAGUAUGGGGUUUAUUCCAUGCUUUGUGCAUCCAGAUGGCAAAUAGUUCACUUCCAACUAUUACGGGUUUGCUUUUGUUGAAGACUUUUUUAAUGAAAUACAUUCUACUUAUAAUACAUAACAACAGGAGGUGAUUAUGGCACAGAAGAGAUAAUUAUAUGUAAUUUUUAUCAGAGACAUUGUCAAUGUUCUAGUAAUAAAAUCCCUGGGAUUUUCGCCAUAGGCAAAUGAAGCUGGCUCAAGCAGUGCCAUGGAACUUGUAGGAGCCAAAAAGUGUUUUUCCAAACUAAAAUAAGAGAAAAUUGAUCUCUCCACGUUUGUGUCAGACCGUCAUCUUGGCAUCUCAAAAUGGGUCAGAACAGAAGAACAAGGAACGCAACAUUUCUUUGAGAUUUUGGCACGUUGCUCGAUCUAUUUCAAAAAAGUAAUAGCUGCUGCUAAAGAGAGAGGAAGUGAGAUUUUGCAGAAAUGGGUGGAAGGCAUACAGAGACAUCUCUAUUGGUGUGUGCUUUCGACAAAACAAGGGUUUGGUUCACAAAUUAUUGCCAAGUGGGAGGCAAUUAUACAACAUGUUGCUGGUAAGCAUGAGGGCUUCGACAAUCCCCUGUUUCCUAGGUGUGCUCAUGGAGAAUUAGAACGAAGAAAGGUGAUAAAAAAAGGUAAGUAUAAUAAUUUUAGUUUCCUUUGUGCUGUCCUACAAAUUCUCAAUAAUGAAAAAAAUUAACCUUAUACAGUGGCGUAGCGUCCGUGUAUUCAAGGUAUUCAGUGAAUACCCUGAGAUUUCUCAGAAAAAAUAUUAAUACGACGUAUAAUUGUAAUAACUAAAAAAUGUUUUGGGGCUAUUGAUUCUGGUUGAAUUUGUUACCUUCGAUAUUCUACAUUUUGUACAAGUACAAAAUAUCACGAAACUCAUGGAAACAAUAACGCUGCGACGCAUAGAGAAGCUGGGAGAUCUUUGAGGCUAAUUUUGAAGAUUGAGUUACUUCAUGUUGAAUGGAGAUCGGUCAUGAAUACGCAGUGAAUAUGGUACUUUAACCAAUCAAAAUGCUCCUUUCCAUGAAUAAUGAUUAUUUGCCGUUAAUCAGCUAAAACAAUGCUCUUGUACGCUGAGAAAUAUGCAGCGUACAGCCUCAAACUAAAAACUAAUUGCUUAUGGUUUAAUGGAGUCAGUGUGUGUUUGAAAUGAGCGUGUAAUGUGUACCACAUAUUUUUACUAAUAAAAUGAUAAAAUACAAAAUGUUGUAUUGAUUGUUGAUUGCCUUACUGCAACACACUUUGUUGAUUUGUUCGGACUGUUACGAUAAAGUGGAGGCACCGUCCGGAUAGUGUGUUGGAGUAAGUUUUGUUUGUGGAAAAUAUGUCGGUGAUAGAUAGGAGAAAGAACGUUUGAUUGGCGCAUAAAGAAUUUGCAUUGCAAAUCAUAGAGGACAGCAAUGAAAACGAUGUGAGUGAAACAGAUUUAAGAAUGAUUCAGUCACAGCUGAAGGACAAGCAGAAGAAGCUUGAUAAAUUGGACGACACGAUAUUGGGGUUAAUAAGUGAGGAAGGAGAAGCCGAUGAUUGUGUCAAGGAAGGCAAAGAAGCGGGACAGUUUAGAUCAAAAGUUCAGGCUGCUAUAAUACAAAUCCAAGGUCGAUUGGAUGAUAAGUUACAACGCAGUGGUUCCAUUGACAGUCUAAGUUCUACAGCCACUUUGAAUACUAGAAAGGUGUGGGCAAGGUUACCUAAAUUGGAGAUGCGAAAAUUCAGCGGUAAACCGUAUGAUUGGCAGGAGUUUUGGGACGCAUUUCGUUCGUCAGUUCACGAAAAUGAGGAACUCUGUCAAGUGGACACCAUAGUGCCUUAUGUGAACAAGCUAAUGCUAAUUCUACUGUGUGUAAGGAUGUCGGAAAGGCGAACAUGAAUACUUGCGUAGAGAGUGUUGAAUGUGGGGGGAGGGUAGCUCUCCAAACCGCGCAAGGUUAUGUUAAUGGAACGAGGAAAGUGUGAGCACUUUUUGAUGGGGGAAGUCACAGGUCCUUUGUUACCUCCAAUGUUGUGAACAAAGCAGGUAUUUUUCCUUCUCGUAAGGAGAAUUUGCAUAUAUGUAGAUUUGGUGAGACUAAUGUAGAUGUUUCUGCAUUGUUCAAUGUUCAAAUCAAUUUGUCGUCUGUAGAUAAGAAGUAUAACAUCCCAUUUGAAGCUUGUGUUCUAGAUUCCAUCUCACAGCUGGAAAACCAACAUUUAGAGAUCGUAAAGAAGGAUUUUGCUCAUCUGAAGGACAUUUGGUUUUCAGACGUUGAUUCGAAAGAAGAGCAACUAAGCAUACAAAUUCUGAUCUGUGCAGAUUACAUGUGGCGGUUUAUGGAGGACGAAACGAGAAAAGGAGGUGUGAACAAGCCAGUCGCCGUACGAACAAAGUUGGGUUGGGUUCUUUCAGGACCAGUUAAAAGUGAGAUCGUUGAUGUUACUUCUGUCAGCAAUGUCAAUAUCAAUUUUGCAUCGGAUAAGGAAACUAAUGUGUUUAAUGAUAAGGCCAGUUUACAGGAUCAGGUCCAAAAACUAUGGGAUUUAGAUUCUGUUGGAGUAAGGCCUACAACUGAUUUUCAUGAAGAUAUUGUUGAUAAUAUCAAAUUUACAGGCGAGCGUUACUCGACUAAAUUGCCAUGGAAGGAAGCCCAUAAACCCCUUCCAACUAAUUACGGUGUCAGUGUAGCGAGAUUAAAGGGGCAAUUAUCUAAACUCAAGAAAAGCCCUGAAGUAUUGCAAGAGUAUGACAAUAUUAUUAAGGACCAGCUUGAGAGGGGGAUUAUAGAGAAGGUUGUAGGUUUAGAUAAUUCUAGCAAUGUUCAUUAUUUACGCAUCAUGCUGUUAUAAGGGAGGAGGCAGAGACCACCAAAUUGCGUAUUGUUUAUGAUGCAUCGUGUAGAGAAAAACACAAUGGUACUUCUUUGAAUGAUUGUUUACACGUAGGCCCGUCCUUGAAUCCGUUGUUUUUUAUCUUCUUGUCCCUUGGAGACAUCACCAAGUCGCUUUAGUCGCCGAUAUUGAGAAAGCACCCUGAAGACAGGAAUUGUUUACGUUUUUUGUGGGUUAAUGACAUAAAUUCCCAGUCGCCAUCUAUUGAGACGUAUCUUUUUAAUAGAGUAGUUUUUGGAAUAAAUUCAUCUCCAUUUUUACUCAAUGCUGUUUUACGUCAUCAUAUUGACAAAUAUACAGAGGUCGAUCCGCAAUUUGUAUCACAUGUAAGAAAUGAAUUUUACGUAGAUGACCUAGCAUCAGGAGCUAAGAAUGUAACAGCAGCGCGGAAAUUGUAUCGUAAGGUUAAGAACAGGAUGGCUGAAGGAGGUUUUCAUUUACGCAAAUGGAAAACUAAUGAACUAAUGAUUUUAAGACAAAAGAAUGCGACAAUUUGUAUGCGAAAACCAUCUUGAAUGAGGGAAAGGAUAUUGAUUCCUCAUGUAAAGUUUUAGGGAUUCAUUGGAAUUAACGUGAAGAUACCUUGCAAUUCGAAUUUUCGAAAAUUGCAUCCGAAUUACUGGGUAAGAAAGUAACGAAGCGUGAAAAAUUAAGUUUUCUUAGCCAAUACUUUUGACCUGUUAGGUGUUCUUUCGCCUAUUCUGAUUAAUAGAAAAUUUCUUUUUCAGGAAUUGUGUGUCGAAAAUAUAGGGUGGGAUGACGAGUUACCCCCUGAUAAAUUAGAGCGUUGGAAUAAUUGGUUAAGUUCAUUAAUUAAUGUGGGCUCUAUUGUUAUUCCCAGAUGUUUGUAUGGGAAGAAUGCUGAGGAAAUUUUGCAUUGUUCUCUAUACGGUUUUGCUUAUCCGUCUUUAAAGGGUUAUUGUGCUACCAUGUAUUUUGUUUAUGAAACUAAGGAAGGAGUUUUCAGUCAGCUAGUAUGUUCAAAAACCAGAGUAGCACCAUUGAAAGCUCUUUCUAUCCCGCGUUUAGAAUUAAUGUCUGCUAGAAUUCUUGCAACACUAAUGAAAACUGUUUCCUCAGCCUUAAGUAGUUACUGUUAUAUAGAGGAAAGGUAUCUUUGGCUUGACAGUAAAACCGCACUGUUUUGAAUAAAUAACAGAAAUGAAUGGAAACAGUUUGUGCAACACAGAGUGAAUGAAAUUUUAAGGUUAUCUUCAAGUGAAGAGUGGAGACAUUGUCCCGGUAAAGAUAAUCCAGCAGAUUUAGGAUCGCGUGGGGUUCAUGCUAAUACUUUGAAGGAUAGUGAGUUAUGGUGGCAUGGUCCAGAUUGGUUAUGUCAGGAUAAGUCUUGUUGGCCAUCAAAUAUUGAUUUAGGUAGACCUUCUGAAGUAGAUGUGGAACGUAAGAAGGAUGUCAAUUCCAUGUUGAUUAGAGAGGAGAGUUCUAAGGGUAUUGACCAACUCAUUGACAUCAAUAAGUACAGUUCGUAUGAUAAGCUUGUACGCGUUACUGCAUAUGUCUGACGAUUCAUAAAUAAUCUUAAAGCUAAAAUGAACAAACAGGAAAAAUUAAUCGGAUCUGUAACUGUGCCAGAAAUCUUGUCUGCGGAAAGGUUGUGGAUUAUUAAUGCGCAGGCAGUCUUGAAACAAGAUCCAAAAUUUGAAUUGCUUAAAAAACAGCUAGGCAUUGGAGAGCAGAGUGGUAUUUUAAGAUGUGUAGGUAGACUAUCAAACUCUGAUAUGGAAUUUGAGAGCAAAUUUCCUAUAAUAUUGCCAAAGAACCAUCGUUUCACGGAACUCGUUGUUUUACAUGUCCAUGCGUUAAUGGGGCACGAGGGUCUUCGUAUCACUUUAACGGAAUUAAGAUCUCGGUUUUGGAUUACUAAGGGGAGGGAAUUCAUUAAGAAGCUUAUCAAGCCUUGUAUAAUCUGUAAGAAAUUGGAGGGUAAGGCUUAUAAGGCACCGUUACCAAAUUUUAGAGUACAGGAGUCGCCGCCUUUCAGCAAAGUAGGUGUUGAUUUUGCUGGACCGUUGUAUGUCAAGGGGUUAAAGGGUAAAACACAUAAAACGUAUAUCGCCCUUUCUUCAUGCUGUGUAACACGCGCUUUACAUUUAGAAUUGGUGGAAGACCUUACAGCUCAGUCUUUCUUAAGAUGCUUAAGACGAUUUACUGCUCGAAGAGGUACGCCAGAGUUAAUCGUAUCUGACAACGCAAAAACUUUUAAGGCAGCAGCCAAAUCUAUCAAUCGUAUAUUCAGAAAUAAAGAUAUUCAGCAGGAGUUGGAGUCAAGAAGAAAAGAAUGGAAAUUUAAUCUAGAAAGAAGCCCGUGGUGGGGUGGCAUGUUUGAACGAAUGGUUGGUUUAGUUAAAUGUAUACUUAGAAAAAUUCUUGGCAAUGCUCUUUUGAAUAAGGAUGAAAUGCAUACUGUUUUAGUAGAAGUGGAAGGAAUUUUGAAUUCUCGACCACUGACGUACAUAUACGAGGAUGAUUUUAAUGUUGACAUACUAACACCGUCUCAUUUAAUGUUUGGUAGUUUGGUAGGACUAGCCAAGCUGUGUAGUUUAUGCAACUCGAUAUGGAAACACAAACAUUGGCCCAAUGAUUGGUUGAAAUCUGUGUUCAUAACUAUUCCGAAAAAGGGUGACGCAACACUAUGCAAGAACAACCGCACCAUCGUUCUGAUCUCACAUACCAGUAAGAUUUUGCUGUAUGUGAUUGUAGAACGCAUGCGUAAGCGUCUUGAUGAAGAACUACCAGCCACACAGGCAGAGGAACUAGAGAUCAAAUAUCCAAUAUCCGACGAAUCAUGGAAAAAUUGAAGGAACGCAAAAGGCAACUUAUCCUUUGCUUUAUUGACUACGCAAAGGCCUUCGACUGCGUCGACCACGGCCUCUUGCUAAGUAUAAUGAGAGAUAUGGGCUUUCCAGAACACAUAAUCCAUCUCCUACAUGAACUCUACCGGAACCAGUGUGCAGUUGUCAGAGCAGAAAGUGGUGAAAGCGACGAAUUUGUCAUUGGAAAGGGAGUAAGACAGGGGUGCAUUCUCUCCCCUCACCUUUUCAACUUAUAUGGUGAACACAUAAUGAGGAAGGCGUUAUCGAACAUGGAAAUGGGUGUAUCUAUUGGUGGGCGGUUGAUAAACGACCUUAGAUACGCUGACGACACGUCCCUCAUCGCCGAAACCAUCCAAGAUAUGAACACAUUGCUUCAAAAGCUCAAAGUAGAAAGUGAGAAAUGCGGUUUAUAUCUCAAUGUCGACAAAACUAAAAUCAUGAAAACUACUGCAGACAACAACCAUAUAUUUGUCGACGGCAAAGAAGUGGAGGAAGUGAACAACUUUAACUUUCUCGGUUCGAUGAUUAGACCUGAUGGAGACUGUGAAAAGAAGAUUGAACGACGGUUAGCGAUGGGCAGGUCUGCUGUUGGAAAGCUACAGAAGAUAUGGAAGAACCAUGACAUCCGGUUAGACACGAAAACCCGACUGAUGCGGUCUUUGGUAUUUUCCAUCGUCCUCUAUGGUGCAGAGGUAUAGACUUUAAAGACACGCUCCCGAAAAAGAAUUGACGCGUUUGAAAUGUGGUCGUGGCGUCGUAUGCUGAGCAUCCACUGGUCCGAAAGGCAAACCCAUGCAAGCGUGCUUGACAGAGUAUACCGUCCAAACAGUCUACUCAAUCUCAUUCAUAGAGCACAACUCACAUACUUCGGACACGCCGCACGAAAACCAGAUGACAGCAUAGAAAAGAUUGCUAUAUUGGGUAUGGUUGAGGGCAGUAGAGGGAGGGGCAGACCCCCGACGUGGUGGACUGAUAACAUCAAAUCGCUCACUGGCAUGCAACUCUACGAAGCGCUAACCAUGGCCCAGAACAGAGUGGAUUGGAGAGAAAUGGUCAUGGCAGGCACAAGCAACCGCAACGGCUGAAGGAACGACGACGACGAUGAGGCGAUUAUCACCUCUUGCAGAUCACAUAGAAUUUUAAUUAUUCUGAUGAUGGAACUUCGCAUAGUAAACGAUUCCUUUAUCUAGUUAGGAAAUUACAACAUUUUUGGAAUAGAUGGAGAACCGAAUAUUUGAGGAAACUACGUGAAAAGCAUAAUGCUACUGGAGCCGACAAUUGUGACAUUCAUAAAGGAGACAGUAUUGAUAGAGGAUGAAAAUGUCAAAAGAAGUCAAUGGAAGAUUGGAAGAAUCGAAAGAUUAAUUGUCAGUAAGGAUGGUAAGAUACGGGGUGCUUCUGUAGUUAAGAUUUGCAAAGGUAAGCGAGAUUUACUUAAUAGACCAAUUACUAAACUUUAUCCUUUGGAGAUAACAGGGACAAGUGACGAAGUGGGGGAUAUAGGAAAUGGUGACAGUGAAAGAAAGGAAGUACGGAAUAGGCCUCAUAGAGCUGCAGCUACCGACGCGCUAUGGCGGACCCGCCUUGUUUUUGACUCGGAGUGAGUCAAGGGGGAGAGUGUCACGGAAAGCAGGGAGUUUGCCGCGCAAACGCCUUUCCCACGGUUUACUUGCGUAAUUAACCAGUGUGUUAUUAAUCAAGGUCGUGUUUUCAGUAUUCUUACAAUUUCUUUUGUCUUGUAAUAGCUCUACAUAGGUUUAAUCGUUUACACAUUUAUUGUUGGUAAUAUCUUUUGUAUUUGCCGCUUGGUUAAUUGACUUGGAACAUUUACACAUAUCUUUUGUAAUCAUAUUUUCUAAAGGGACCGAUAACUAAAAACUAAUUGCUUAUGGUUUAAUGGAGUCAGUGUAUGUUUGAAAUGAGCAUCUAAUGUAUACCACAUAUUUUUACUAAUAAAAUGAUAAAAUACAAAAUGUAUUGAUUGUUGAUUGCCUUACUGCAACACACUUUGUUGAUUUGUUCGGACUGUUACGAUAUUACAUCAGUGCAAAUUUUAGAGGAUUCAACAACAACUAUUGGGACAUAUUUCGACUAGCAAAAUUUUACUGACUUUCAAUGAUACGUUUUGUUACGUUUGUUACGUAAUGAUACGUUCAAAUGGAUUACUUUUGAUGAAAUGGUUAGUGGUAUUUUGAUGCAAUGAAUGAGUUCGAAGAGUAUAUUUGCGUUGGGUUCUUUAGCAAAGUAUCCUUUUCAUCAUAGUAAUGCCCUGACAGUGUAGUACUUGCCAACCGAACCAGAAAGAAAAUUAGAUAAAAUGUCAAUAGCUAGUCAUUUUAAACUUCCUAUUAUCCCUCCUAUUUCCAUCGAGCCCCAUGAAGCCAUACCCUGCCCUACCCUUUUGUUUAAUAGAGAAUACCCAGUUGAAAAAGUCACGCUACGCAACUGACCUUAUAGUUUUAUUGCACAGAGCUUCUCGAA